CGUCGGCUCUUCCUGCACAGACACUGCGGCAGCUUCCAGCAGACACGUGGAGCGCCUUUGGUGCUCUAAUGGUCCUGGUGGCCACCAUCCUGACGUCACUGCCUGCCGCUGCCGACGGGCAGAUCACCACCAAGUUAGACAAUCUGGACCUGGACCGGAUCCUCAACAGCGACCGGCUCUUCAACGCGUACGCGGAGUGCCUGCUAUCCAAUGGAAAGGAUCGAUGCACCCCAGAGGGCACAGAGCUGAAGCUGCUCCUUGCGGCAGGCUUGCAGACUGACUGCGCCAAGUGCAACGAUAAUCAGAAGGCGAGGAUGGAUAAGAUCAUCAGGUUCACAACAGGCAACAAGAAGGACUUCCGGGAGAAGCUGAAGGCCAAGUAUGACCCCGACAACAAAUAUUUCCAAAAUUACGAGCGACGCUUCAGGGUGACCUCCUGAGCACGCUGCACCACGCAGCCCAUGGAACACUACAUGUGCCCGGUGGGCGUCCUCUCUCGCAGGAUAAAUUUCCCAACAUCUAAGCAACGGUAUCUAGAACUGAAACCGUUGUUUUACUUAACUUUCUUACUAUGC